AACUUGUUUCAGCUGGUGACAUACAUUACAAGACAUUUGAUAGAUUUUUUUUAAUCCAUCAAUAGCUAUUUGUUUGAUUUCUUCCAAAUUUAGAUUUUUGUUAAGGUUUUAGUUGUUGGGGUUUAGGGUUCUCUGUUUAAGCGUUUUGUUUUGUUGUAUAAUAUAAUACCAUAUAAUGAGAUAAAGUCAAGUGUUGACUCUUUUAUCCGAUUUGUAAUGCAUUUAUAUCUGUUCAUGUCUUUAUUUUAUUUAUUUUUUUAACUUCUUUUUACAUUUUCCUUUUGGACCUCGGAGAUCUAGGACAACUCUACAAAUAAAUUGUUAGAAUAGGGGACAAAAUAAUAAUUCUAGAUUGAUAUGUCUUUGCUAGCUAUUUUCAUCAUACUAUUAUUGAUAUAAAUGUUAAUUAUUUGCAGUAAUCUAAUGAAUCCAUUACAUUUUGUGGUUACAGGACCACAGAAACAAGCCCGAGUCUUAUUUUGAAAGUGUGGAUCUUCUACUUCCGGCGUGACGUCUUUCGGCUUGACGUCGCGCGCUGUCACUGGUCCACAGCCCGUUGAGUGCGGUUGUGAUGCGGCACAGAGAGACGCUCGGCGGUCAGAGUCCAUCCCGGUCCCGCAGCUUUCAGCGUCGUGUCCUUCCCGCGUCUGUUCCCGCCUCCUUCACGCCCUCCCGCCACGAGCCGGAGGGGAACCGGGGGGUCCGGCGCGGGCCGUUUAAGCUAGCAGCGACCAGAGCAUGGACCCCCAAGCGGCGACGAGCCCGGCGGCAGCGGCGGCGGCGGGUUUGAACGGCCGCCUGGCCUCUCUGGGAGCCGACGGGGGUGACUCGGAGUCCGGAGCCGGCUCGGACGACGCCGCCGUGGGCUGCUGCAGCGACACGUUCAGCAGCCUGCCCGACAUGGAGCAGGAGAGCCUGGAGGAGAAGCUGCGCGGACUGGCGUUCAGAAAGCAGACGUCGUAUCGGAAGGCGAUCUCCCGCUCCGGCCUCCAUUACCUCGGCCCCCCCCAGCCGUCACUCCCGCCAGCUUCCAACGGGCCGUUGAAGGACCUGCGGACCUGCGUGGACUGGACGGAGAACGCGGUGAACGGCGAUCACCUGUGGAUGGAGACGAGCUGCUCCGGAGAGCUGUGUUAUCUGGGGGAGGACGCCUGUCUGCUGAAGACAGCUAAGUCGGCCCCCAGGAGGAAAUGCGCCGCCUGCAAGAUCGUGGUUCAUUCCGGCUGCAUGGAGCAGCUGGAGAAGAUUAACUUCAGGUGUAAGCCGACCUUCAGGGAGGGGGGAUCCCGGUGCCUCCGAGACAACGUGCUGAGGCAUCACUGGGUUCACAGACGCAGACAGGAGGGGAAGUGCAAACAGUGUGGGAAGAGUUUCCAGCAGAAGUUCUUCCACAGUAAAGAAAUCAUCGCCAUAAGCUGCUCUUGGUGUAAACAGGCGUUCCACAACAAGGUGACGUGUUUCAUGCUGCACCAGAUCGAGGAGCCGUGUUCACUGGGGGCUCACGCCGGAGUCAUCGUCCCGCCCUCGUGGAUCAUCAAAGUCAGGAAACCACAGAGCUCGCUGAAGAACUCUGCCAGGAGAAAAAAACGGACAUCUUUCAAACGAAGGACGAGCAAAAAGGGACUAGAUGAGUCUAAAUGGCGCCCGUUCAUGUUGAAGCCCCUCCCAUCGCCACUCAUGAAACCCAUCUUGGUUUUCGUCAAUCCCAAAAGUGGCGGCAACCAGGGCGCCAAGCUCCUGCAGAUGUUCAUGUGGAUCCUGAACCCCCGACAAGUCUUCGACCUGUCCCAGGGAGGCCUGAGAGAGGCGUUGGAGUUGUAUCGCAAAGUGCCAAAUCUGAGGAUCCUGGCCUGCGGCGGCGACGGCACCGUGGGGUGGAUCCUGUCGGCUCUGGAUGAGCUGCAGAUGAGUCCUCAGCCUCCGGUGGCCGUGCUUCCUCUGGGAACAGGAAAUGACCUCGCCAGGACGCUCAACUGGGGUGGGGGCUACACCGACGAACCUGUGUCCAAGGUUCUGUGUCACGUGGAGGACGGCUCGGUGGUGCAGCUGGACCGGUGGAACCUGGCAGUGGAGAAGAGCUCCCCUCAGCCUGAGGAGGGCACGCAGAAGCUCCCCCUGAACGUGUUCAACAACUACUUCAGCCUGGGCUUCGACGCGCACGUCACCCUGGAGUUCCACGAGUCCAGAGAGGCGAACCCGGAGAAGUUCAACAGUCGCUUCCGCAACAAGAUGUUUUAUGCAGGAGCCGCCUUCUCCGAUUUCCUCCAGAGAAGCUCCAGGGAUUUGUCCAAGCACGUCAGAGUGGUGUGUGAUGGCACCGACCUGACGCCUAAAAUCCAGGAGCUGAAGUUUCAGUGCAUCGUGUUUCUGAACAUUCCUAGGUACUGCGCCGGCACCAUGCCGUGGGGAAACACCGGCGACCACCGAGACUUUGAGCCUCAGCGCCAUGACGACGGCUGCAUCGAGGUCAUCGGCUUCACCAUGGCCUCACUGGCGGCGCUGCAGGUCGGAGGCCACGGAGAGAGACUUCACCAAUGUAGAGAGGUCAUCCUGACCACCUACAAGACUGUACCUGUCCAGGUGGACGGCGAGCCGUGCCGACUGGCUCCAUCCACGCUCCGCAUCUCCCUCCGAAAUCAGGCCAACAUGGUCCAGAAGAGCAAGCGGCGCACCUCUGUGCCCCUGCUGAACGAUAUUCAGAAGGUGUGUGCAGCUGAUCUGCGCCGCCUCUCUGCUCCCCCCGACUCCUUCUCUGUCCCUCACGCCGUCCCGGACCGCCUGCGUCUGCGCGUCAACCGCAUCAGCCUGCAGGAGUACGACCGGCUGCAGUUCGACAAGGAGCGCCUGCGGGACGUCUCCAUCCCCGUGGGCAUCGUGGUGGUGAGGGGCGACUGCGACCUGGAGACCUGCAGACUUUACAUCGACAGGCUGCAAGAGGAUUUACACCAGGCGCCACCUACUGGCCACAGAGUGCACUAUCAGGAUGAGAGCAGAGGCGUCCCCAGGGCCAGCUCCAGCAGCAGACUGUCGCCCAACUGGAGCUUCCUGGACUCCACGUCAGCUGAUCGCUUCUAUCGCAUCGACAAAGCUCAGGAGCACCUCCACUUUGUGACGGAAAUAUGCCAGGAGGAGGUGUUCAUCCUGGACCACGAGGGACCUGUGGGGAGCCAGGGGUCGUCCGCUGGGAUGCCUGAUCUGGUGGUGGAACCCGCCGCCGAGACCUCGCUGACAGCUGAUGAACAAGCCCUCCUGACUGCCGCCGUGUCCGGAGAUCUUCCUACGCUGUCGGAGUGCGUGCAGCGAGGCGUCAGCCUGCUGGUGAGGGACGCCGAAGGCUGCUCGGCGUUGCACAUAGCCGCUCAGAACGGACACACCGACCUGGUCAGAUACAUCCUGCAGCAAGGCUCUAAAGUUCUCCUGGAUCUGACGGACAGAGAGAAAGGGGACACUGCCUUGCACAAAGCAGCCUCAGAAAAGCAGCAUGCCGUCUGCAGAUUACUGGUGGAAGCUGGAGCUUCGCUAGAAAAGACCAACUUCCAGGGGAAGACGCCUGCAGACCAAGCACAGGGAGACUCUGAACUCUCCACCUACCUGAGCCCCCCAAAGCAGCCGUCCCCCCCCAGUAACGAGGACCUGGAGACGGCCGUCUGAGGCGCACGCACACCUGGACUCUGCACACUCGUAGCUGAACACAAGUGGGAGUGAAACGGAGACGAACUCUUGGCUGCAGAGGAGCGCUGAACCGCCUCGCCGCGGCUUGGAUAUUUAUUUGUAUUUAUUUAUUCGUGUUCUAUUUAUUGAUUGAUUGUGCUGAUGGACAGACUGUCUUACUUUGAAUAGUUCAGGAUGCAAGUGCAAUUUCACCGGCCACCACGAGCUCCGCUCUGCUUUCACGACUCUUCAGCGCUUCAGCGUGAGAAAAAACCUUCAAAAUAAAAGCUAGAGGAAGUUCAUUCAUCCCAUCAAA